AUGGUUAAUUUGAGAUCGGGUGGAACGCCUGAUUUGACGAAAGAAUACGUGACAACGCGUAGAAGAAGAAAUCCCCAAACGCCAGAGGCACAACAGGAAUCGAACGCAGGUUUACCAACGCCUGCAACCAACAAGGUGACUGCCCCGGGGGCAUUUGAACCUGACGACACAAUCGAAGAGGAAUCGAACGAGUCGAAUAUCGAAUACGAAGACCCGGUUAACGACAACGAAAUGUCAGAUAACGCGGGUGGCCCUAGUAGCCAUGAUGUGAGCGAAGAAACUCGCAUGAGACUGGAGAUCGCGAGACUCCAACAUGAAGUCCAACAAAUGAGAACUGGUAGGGGUCAGGCCUCUACAAGUGAUGAGAACAUCAGUGCAGAUCUAGCAAACUAUCUGCAGAGGAAAGGCAGAACGUCUGCUAUCGUGAAAAUCCUUAAUGAGUUCCGUGAUCAAGUGAGACCCAUAAGGAAGCCAGUUGUACUGACCGGAUCUGGGAACUACCCCAUGUGGAAAGAAGAGAUCCUCCUCGCAGCGAGGCAAUCUGAAACCGAUGACAUCCUUGAUGAGAAGCAAAUAGGCCCUGAUGAUAACGCCAGCACUGAUAUGCAGCGAUUUGGAAAGAACGCAACAUGUGGCUAUACAACUACAUGUGGUCAUCAGUUGCCCCACAGGCAAAAUCUCAUUUUACUAUACCCAAGGAUUGCGAAUUAUCUGCGUAUUCUCUAUGGGUGGGCCUCGUUCAUUAAGAACCGUAUGGACCAAAUUGAGAAAGAUAACGCCCAACCCUUAGAGAGUGAUUUCAUGGCCCUUUGCCGCGAUAUCCUCUUGCGGCUUCCGACAACUGAUGAAUCCAAUGCUGACACGUCUAGGAACCCUACCAACAACGCGCAGGACUCCAAAUCCGACAAGAAGGAUAAGAAGGGCAAGGAUAAGGAUAAGGAGAAGGAGAAGGACCCCAAAUCUGACAAGAAGGGCAGUGAGACACGGACCUGCUUCCAUUGCCAGAAGACCGGUCAUAUCCAGAACGAUUGCUGGAAGAAAUACCCAGAGAAGCGUCCGUCCAAUCCCAACAACGCCAAUAAGGAUAAGGACAAGGGUGAUACCAAUGCUGGCACUGCUCCUGUCCAUAACGUCGUGGAACAAGUAUUCUGUAUGACGGACAAGGCCUACAUGAGCAGCGAAAGACCCACGAGAGAUACCUGGAUUCUAGACUCGGGUGCGGGUGCCCACGCAACACCUCAUAAAGAUCUUGUCGUGGCAAAGCCCCAAAAAUAUACUGUCAAGUUGGAAAUGGCAGAUGGAACGAUAGUGCCUGCCGCAGCGAUAGGCGACACGAAGAUCACCGUUGAAGGGGCGGACAUGCUACUAACUGGCGUCCGCUACGUCCCGAAAUUAGAAGUGAACCUCAUGAGCAUGGGUAAGCUCGUACGCCAGGGCUUUACCUUCAAGCAGUUGGCAUAUGGAAGCAACCACGCCGUGCUCUUUAUGUCCCCAGAUAGAACGUUCUCCUUCACGGCGAAGUUGAACGACAAUGAUAUCUACGAGGUGGAGAAGCCGCCUACCUUCAAGGAUCUAAUUCGAUUCGCCCUGUCCAACGGCAAAUUUGAACCUGUCAACGCGAUGGCGGACGACAGGACUACUGACGCGAUACUGGCGCUGCCCAACAACGACAUAAAGGUUAUAGAACUAACAAUGACACAGUGGCACCAAAAAUUAGGGCAUCUAAAUCCCGCGGAUAUCGCUAGAAUGGCAGCAGAUCCACGCCUAGGAAUGAGAAUCAUCGGCCAACGAGCUUUACCGUUUUGCAAAGUCUGUGUCCAAGCAAAGAUGACACGUCCAACCUUUGCGCCCAUGACGCGAGCUACCAAGCCGGCGAUGAGACUCUUCAUCGACCUAGCAGGGGGUGGAAAAACGCUUUUUGACGGGAACGACCUACCCACUAGGGGGGGUGCUAGCUACUGGCUAGGGAUAACAGAUGACGCUACGAGAUACCGAUGGGCAAUCUUGAUGAUGUCGAAGGGUGAGUCUACCGCGAGAUUAAUGAACUUCAUCACAGGCAUUGAGGCAACUACGCAACGCCGUGUAGGCACCCUACACUGGGAUGGUGGCAGCGAGUUUAAAGGCCAAGAUCUGAAGGCCUACUGCCAGAGCAGAGGAAUUGCGUAUGAAACGACUACGCCUGAUACGCCGCAAUCGAACGGCCCUGCUGAACGCGCCAACAGGAUUGUUGCAGAAAAGACAAGAAGCCUUCUAUUUGAUAGCGGACUAGCUAAGGAAUUGUGGGGUGAGGCGAUGCAAGCCGCGAUCAUGAUGAUCAACACGUCCCCAACGUCAACUAAGAUAUACGGAUGCAAGCAAGUAGUUCCGCUUACGCCAUUUGAGGCAUGGACUGGGGUGCAACCUACUGCCCAUUGGAUACGCAGGUGGGGGUGCAAGGUCUACAAGAAGAACCUAAAGGUUACCAAUAAGCUCGCGGAUAGGACUGACGGCAAGGAAUGGCAGCUAGUUGGCUACCAAGGACUGCACCAAUAUCGUAUCUGGGACCCAAUUGGCCGUCGCCUUGAAAUCGCGCGAGAUGUCGUAUUCGACGAAGGACUAGACAAGGGUGAAACCACGCCUGCGAACGUGGUGAGGCAAUCGAGCGAAUUACCAGAAGAAUUGGACGUACUAGAUGCUGCUGAUGGGUGGCAACACUGCCUCCUGCGACACCUAGCAAAGGUGAAACCUGACGUUUUGAAGAUGAUUGCCAAUGGGGAUCUUGAAGGUGCGAUAGAUCCAACAUACCUUCUAGAUAAUGAGACAGAACUUGUCGAGAAUGAUGAACCAGAAGACCCUGCCAAUGAGGACGAUCCUGUCCUGAGCACCCUAACUGACCGCCCAACUACCGUGGCGGAAGCCAAAAGGAGCCCUGAUUGGGACUACUGGUAUGAGGCGAUGAAGAAAGAGGUCAGCAUGUUUGAGAACAAGCAGACAUAUAUUGUCGUUGAGAAGACCCCAGGCAUGGAUAUCUUAACUGGUAAAUGGGUGUUUGAUCGCAAGUUGAACAAUAAGGGAGAAACAAUCCGGUUUAGAGCUCGCUGGGUGGUUAGGGGAUUCCUCCAACAACAAGGAGUCCACUAUACAAAGUCGUACGCCGCGGUGGUAUCAGGACCCACGUCACGGAGCUUAUUCGCAAUCUCAACGGCAAAGGGGUGGAAGGCAAAGGCGAUCGACUACGUCUCCGCGUUCUUGAACGGCAUACUACCGCAGCACGAGAUGGUAUAUAUGCAACUGCCUACAGGGAUUAAGCACGGCAGGGGGGGCCUGGUUGGCCUGCUCCGCCAGAGCCUUUACGGGAUGAAGCAAGCAGCGAGGGUGUGGUAUUUCCUUGCGACGGAACACCUCACCACUCUAGGAUUCAAAAUCUCGCCGUACGAUGGCGGAUUCUUAUAUCACCCUAUUCGCAAGAUCUACCUGACAUUGCACGUCGAUGACUGUCGGGUAACGGGACCCCAAGAGCAGCAAUUAGACUGGAUAUUGGCAGAGAUUGCUAAAAGGUUUGAGACAAAGGAUGUCGAAGAGAACAAGCCCUACCUUGGAAUGGAAGUCAAACGUCAAAUGAACGGCGACCUAGCGGUUACCCAGAACCGUUAUAUCGAUGAGAUCCUUGAGGAUUUUGGAAUGGACAAGGUCAACCCGGCCAGCACGCCGAUGGCGGCCGGCAUACGCCUAGAAUUCUCACCAGAUGAAGAUAGCGGGUUAGAUGACGAUUUUACUGCUACUAGAUAUCGUCAAGGCUUAGGAUCGCUGCAGUAUUUGGUGUCAAGCAGCAGACCAGAUCUGGCAUUCGCGGUCAACUACCUCUCACGUUUCAACUCGCGUCCGCACAAGGAAUGCUGGGCAUCAUUAAAACACGUCCUACGCUACGUCAAGAAAACGAAGGAUCACGGAAUCCUAUACAAGAAGGAGAUGAUUGGGGGACUCAGUCCUGUCGCGUACAGCGACUCAGAUUGGGCAGGGGCAGACCCCCAAUACAAGUCAACUACAGGUUACAUUAUCCUGCUAAACGGAUCACCAAUCUCGUGGCGGUCGCAACGGCAGACCUCAGUUGCAAAAUCAACCACUGAGGCGGAGUAUAUCGCGGCAAGUGAGGCAGCGUGCGAAGUGAUCUGGCUGAAUGACAUGUUAUUUGAUGCUGGAUUAGUAGAAGGGAAAGCGAAGCUUGAAUAUAUCUACGAUACCCACCUUCAAGAUGGAAAGAAGCGGCGCACGGAGAACAAAAACCACCCCAGACAGGGAAAACAUCCUCAUAAUCCCGGUGUUACGUCCCAGGAGUUUGGAGUCAAAACGGAUGGAAAAAAGGUACUGUCAAAUUCGAUUCCAGAGAAAUUGGUCGAAUCCCGCCUGGCCGCUUCCCAUAGUGGUUUAGAGGGCCUACUACCGCCUAAGUUCGAAAAUCCGGACGGCGUCAGCGAUCAUCGUGAUAACGCUGUAAUAAUUUCACAUCGCUCGGAUAGUGACCGGGGUUUGGAUUCAGCCUUUGACUCUGAAGAGGAUCAGCCGCGCGAGGCCAUCUUCUCGGAAGACGAAGCUAUCUCUUCUACGGAGGCAAAGCUUACUACUGCGAACAUUGAAGAAGUUGUGGAGGAGCAAGCACGAUUAGAACUCAAUGAGUCUGCCAUCCAAUCCAAUAUCGCGGGUCAUACCAUGGAGGUAUUUGAGGAGGAUGGCCAGCCGCAGAAACAGACGGGAAUGGCUCCCGACCUCCAGCUCCUCCGGACUCGCAUUGCAGAGACGACACGCAUACUUGGAGAUCUACCCUCACUCGGAAAGCCCAGCAAAUCCCGAGCAGACUAUACAAACCUUCUCCUUUCCGACAUCUGCAACUACUACGGUUAUACUCCAUUCUUGGCUGAAAAACUGUUCAAGCUUUUCACACCCCGCGAGGCAUUUGCCUUUUUCGAAGCCAACGAAUCUCCACGUCCUGUUGUCAUUAGGACAAACACCCUGCGCACGAAUCGGCGCUCGCUCGCCCAAGCCCUGAUCAACCGCGGUGUCGUCCUUGAACCUGUCGGCAAAUGGUCGAAGGUUGGUUUGCAAAUAUUCGAAUCCGCGAUACCAUUGGGUGCUACACCCGAAUAUCUCGCUGGCCACUACAUCCUCCAAGCUGCCUCGUCUUUCCUUCCCGUCAUGGCGUUGGCUCCGCAGCCAAAUGAGCGAGUUCUCGAUAUGGCCGCUGCGCCCGGCGGUAAAACCACAUACAUAUCAGCGUUGAUGCGAAACACUGGAUGUGUUAUUGCGAAUGACGCAAGUAAACCCCGUGCUAAGGGGUUGAUUGGUAAUAUCCACCGUCUCGGAUGCAAGAACACAAUCAUCUCGAAUCUCGAUGCAAGACAGGCCUUUCCCAAAAUCCUCGGUGGCUUCGAUCGUGUAUUACUUGACGCUCCUUGCUCGGGAACGGGUGUCAUUUCAAAGGAUCCCAACAUCAAAACCUCAAAAUCUGAACGCGAUUUUCUCGCGUUACCGCAUAUGCAAAAGCAGCUCCUCCUGGCCGCAAUAGAUUCAACUAAUCACCUGUCUAAAACAGGUGGUUAUAUCGUGUACUCUACUUGCAGUGUCACAGUAGAAGAGAACGAAGCGGUUGUACAAUAUGCCCUCCGCAAUCGACCAAAUGUCAAGAUCGUGGAUACUGGCUUGGGGAAUUUUGGAACUCCAGGCUUUAAGAGUUACAUGGGGAAAAAGUUCGACGAUAAAAUGUCGCUGUCGAGGCGCUACUUUCCCCAUAGGGAGAACGUAGAUGGUUUCUACGUUUGCAAAUUGAAGAAGACAGGGCCAAGCCCUUCAUCGAACAAAUCGGCAGUUCUACAAAUUCACCCAAGUGUCUAUUCACUAGAUCCCCAGGCAUCGCACGAUUUUAUCAAGGGUCUUGUUUUUGUCAAGUUGUUCUAUGCUGCAAUGGGAUGA